GCCCAGCAGGAGGAGGAAGGGCCUGGAAGCAGAGGUGGCAGCUCAGUGCGGGUCCUGCCUGCAGAGGUGGAGGGGCCUGGGCUGGGGCAGGGGCUCUGGCAUGCAGCUCCCCUCACUGUCGCUGCUGCUGCUGUAUUGCUCAGUCGUCAAGACCAGAGGGCUGCAUUGUGGGAGCGCCCCAGGACCCUGUGCCAACGGAGGGACCUGCCUGAGCCUGUCUAGGGGACCAGGCACCUGCCAGUGCGCUCCCGGCUUCCUGGGUGAGACAUGCCAGUUUGCUGACCCCUGCCGGGAUGCCCAGCCCUGCAAGAAUGGGGGCAGCUGUCAGGUCCUGUUUCCCACCCUACAGGGUACCCCCAGUCCUCCCUUUCUCUCAGCCCCCAGCUUCUUUUGCACCUGCCCCUCUGGCUUUACUGGCAAGAGGUGUCAGGCCCCGCUCAAGGACCCCUGUGCUUCCUUCUGUUCCAAAAUGGGCCGCUGCCACAUCCAGGCCUCAGGCCUCCCGAGGUGCUCCUGCCUACCUGGAUGGACAGGUGAGCAGUGCCAGCUUCGGGACUUCUGCUCAUCCAACCCCUGCAUCAAUGGAGGGGUGUGUCUGACCACGUACCCCCAGAUCCAGUGCCGCUGCCCACCUGGCUUCGAGGGCCAUGCCUGCGAACAUGACGUCAACGAGUGUUACCGGGACCCAGACCUCUGCCCCCAGGGCACCACCUGCCAUAACACCCUGGGAUCCUUCCAGUGUCUCUGCCCUGCUGGGCGGGAGGGUGCCGGCUGUGAGCUCCAGCCAGGACAAUGCCCCUCCAGGGGCUGUCUCAACGGGGGCACCUGCCAGCUGGUUCCAAAGAAGGAGUCCAUCUUUCACCGCUGCCUCUGUGCUCCAGGUUUCACAGGCCUGGACUGUGAGGUGAAUCCAGACAACUGUGUCGGACACCAGUGCCAGCAUGGGGGCACCUGCCAGGAUGAGCUGGGCACCUAUACCUGCCUCUGCCCAGAGGCCUGGACAGGCUGGGAUUGCUCUGAAGAUGUGAACGAAUGUGAGACUCAGGGUCCCCCUCGCUGCAGAAAUGGGGGCACCUGCCAGAACUUGGCUGGCGGCUUCCAUUGCGUAUGUGUGAGUGGCUGGGGAGGCCCAGGCUGCGAGGAGAACCUGGACGACUGUGCGGCCGCCACCUGUGCCCCAGGAGCCACCUGCAUUGACCGCGUGGGCUCCUUCUCCUGCCUCUGCCCACCUGGCCGCACUGGCCUCCUGUGCCACAUGGAGGACAUGUGUCUGAGCCAGCCCUGCCACGGGGAAGCCCAGUGCAGCACCAACCCCCUGACGGGCUCUGCACUCUGCCUGUGCCAGCCUGGCUACACAGGGCCCACCUGCCACCAGGACCUGGACGAAUGUCAGAUGGCCCAGCAAGGUGCCAGCCCCUGUGAACACGGGGGCUCCUGUCUCAACACCCCCGGCUCCUUUGACUGCCUCUGCCCCCCGGGCUACACGGGCUCCCGCUGUGAGGCCGAUCACAAUGAGUGCCUAUCCCAGCCCUGCCACCCCGGGAGCACCUGCCUGGACCUGCUCGCCACCUUCCACUGCCUGUGCCCACCAGGCCUAGAAGGGCAGCUCUGCGAGGUGGAGACAGACGAGUGCGCCUCGGCUCCGUGCCUGAACCAGGCUGACUGCCGCGACCUGCUAAACGGAUUCCUGUGCGUCUGCCUGCCCGGAUUCACUGGCUCCCGCUGCGAGGUGGACCUGGACGAGUGCAGCAGCUCGCCCUGCGCCAAUGGGGGGCAGUGCCAGGACCAGCCUGGAUCCUUCCUCUGCGAGUGUCUCCCAGGCUUCCAAGGCCCUCGCUGUCAGGCGGAGGUGGACGAGUGCCUGAGUGGCCCGUGCCCUGCUGGAGCCAGCUGCCUCGAUCUCCCCGGAGCCUUCUUUUGCCUCUGCCCCUUGGGCUUUACAGGUGAUCUCUGUGAUGUUCCCCUGUGUGCCCCCAACCUGUGCCAGUCCAAGCAGAGAUGCCAGACUCGGGAGGACAAAGCACACUGCUUCUGCCCCGACGGAAGCCCGGGCUGUGCCCCCGCUGAGGACAACUGCACCUGCCACCAUGGGCACUGCCUCAGCUCUUCCUGUGUGUGCGACAUGGGUUGGACAGGCCCAGAGUGUGAGGCAGAGCUGGGGGGCUGCGUCUCCACGCCCUGUGCCCAUGGGGGGACCUGCCACCCCCAGGCCUCUGGCUACAACUGCACUUGCCCCACAGGCUACACAGGGCCCACCUGUGGUGAGGAGGUGACAGCCUGUCACUCAGGGCCCUGUCUCAAUGGCGGCUCCUGCAGCCCCAGCCCGGGCGGCUACUCCUGCACUUGCCCUCCUGGCCACACCGGGAUGCGCUGCCAGACCAGCACCGACCACUGUGCCUCCGCACCCUGCCUCAACGGGGGUACCUGUGUGAACAGGCCCGGCACCUCCUCCUGCCUCUGCGCCACAGGCUUCCAGGGCCCGCGGUGUGAGGGAAGGGUCCGCCCCAGCUGUGCAGACAGACCCUGUAGGAACAGGGCGACCUGUCAAGAUGGCCCUCAGGGUCCCCGCUGCCUCUGCCCCCCUGGCUACACAGGAAGCCUCUGCCAGACACUGCUGGACUCAUGUGCCCAGAAGCCCUGUCCCCUCCAUGCCCACUGCCUCCAAGCUGGACCCUCCUUCCGGUGCCUGUGCAUCCAGGGAUGGACGGGGCCUCUCUGCAACGUGCCGCUGUCUUCCUGCCAGAAGGCUGCCCUGAGCCAAGGCACAGAAGUGUCUUCCCUGUGCCAGAACGGAGGCCUCUGCGUGGACAGCGGCCCCUCCUAUGUCUGCCGCUGCGCGCCUGGGUUCCGGGGCAGCAUGUGCCAGGACAGGGUGAGCCCCUGUGAAUCCAGGCCCUGCCAACAUGGGGCCACUUGCCUGGCCCAGCCCAAUGGUUACCUCUGCCAGUGUGCCCCAGGCUACAGCGGACAGAACUGCUCAAAGGAACCCGAUGCGUGUCAAUCCCAGCCCUGUCAUAACCAUGGGACCUGCACUUCUAAGCCUGGAGGCUUCCACUGCACCUGCCCUCCAGGCUUUGUGGGGCUGCGCUGUGAGGGGGACGUGGAUGAGUGUCUGGACCGGCCCUGCCACCCAACAGGCACUGCAGCCUGCCACUCUCUGGCCAAUGCCUUCUACUGCCAGUGUCUACCUGGAUACACAGGCCAGUGGUGUGAAGUGGAGAUAGACCCCUGCCAGAGCCAGCCCUGUGCCCAUGGAGGGUCUUGUGAGGCCAGAGCCGGACCACCCCCAAGUUUCACCUGCCUCUGCCCCCAGGGUUUUGAAGGCCCCACCUGCAGUCACAGAGCCCCCUCCUGCGGCCUCCAUCACUGCCACCAUGGUGGCUUGUGUCUGCCCUCCCCAAAGCCUGGCUUCCCACCCCGCUGUGCCUGCCUCGAUGGCUACGGAGGCCCUGACUGCCUGACCCCGCCAGCUCCCCAAGGCUGCGGCCCUCCCUCUCCAUGCCUACACAAUGGCAGCUGUUCAGAGAUCCAGGGGCUGGGGGGCCUGGGCUUUCGAUGUUCCUGCCCUCCAAGCUCUCCAGGGCCCAGGUGCCAGAGGCCUGGAGCCAAGGGGUGUGAGGGCAGAGGUGGAGAUGGGACCUGCGAUGCUGGCUGCAGUGGCCCAGGAGGAAACUGGGAUGGAGGGGACUGUUCCUUGGGGAUCCCAGACCCCUGGAAAGGCUGCCCUUCCCAAGCUCGGUGCUGGCUUCUCUUCCGGGACGGCCAGUGCCACCCACAGUGUGACUCUGAAGAGUGCCUGUUUGAUGGCUACGACUGUGAGACUCCUGCAGCCUGCACUCCUGCCUAUGACCAGUACUGCCGUGAUCACUUCCACAAUGGCCACUGCGAGAAAGGCUGCAACACUGCAGAAUGUGGCUGGGAUGGGGGUGACUGCAGCCCCAGAGACGGGGAUGCGGAGUGGGGGCCCUCCCUGGCCCUGCUGGUGGUGCUGAGCUCCCCAGUCCUGGACCAGCAGCUGCUCGCCCUGGCCCGGGUACUAUCCCUGACUCUAAGGGUGGGGCUCUGGGUGAGGAAGGACAGUGACGGCAGGGACAUGGUCUACCCCUACCCUGGGACCCAGGCCGAAAAGGAGCUAGGAGGAACCCCAGACCCCUCCCAUCAGGAGAGAGCAGCCCCUCAGGGCAAGGAGACAGACUCCCUCAGCACUGGGUUUGUGGUGGUGAUGGGUGUGGAUUUGUCCCACUGUGGCCCUGACCACCCUGCAUCCCGCUGUCCCUGGGACCCUGGACUCCUGCUCCGUUUCCUUGCUGCGAUGGCUGCAGUGGGAGCCCUCGAGCCCCUACUGCCAGGACCCCUACUGGCUGCCCACCCUCGUGCAGGCACUGAGCCCCCCAACAACCAGCUUCCCUGGCCUGUGUUGUGCUCACCCAUAGCCGGGGUGCUUCUCCUGGCCCUUGGGGCUCUUCUCGUCCUCCAGCUCAUUCGGCGGCGGCCCCGCAGAGAGCAUGGGGCCCUCUGGCUGCCCCCUGGGUUUACUAGAAGGCCUCGGACACAGUCAGUCCCGCACCGACGCCGGCCCCCCCUGGGUGAGGACAGCAUCGGCCUCAAGACACUGAAAUCAUCAGAGGCAGAAGUUGAUGAGGAUGGAGUUGUGAUAUGCUCAGGUCCUGAGGAAGGAGAGGAGGUAGGUCAAACGAAAGCACUGAGUCAAGGUGAUGGAGGGGUCGAAGGGACAAGCCAGUUGCCUUCGCUGACCCUUGCUCUGAUCUCCAAGGUUGAUGAAAUGGCCUCACCCUCCAAGUGCCAGCUCUGGUCUCUGAGGGGUGACUGCAAGGAGCUACCCCCAGCGAUCAUGCUGACUCCUCCCCAGGAGACUGAGAUGGAGGUACCUGACAUGGACUCCCAUGGACCUGAUGGGGUGACACCCUUGAUGUCAGCAGUCUGCUGUGGGGGAGUAGAGUCCAGGACCUUCCAGGGAGCAUGGUUAGGCGGCCUUGAGCCCUGGGAACCUCUACUGGGUGGAGGGGCCUGUCCCCAGGCUCACACCAUGGGCACUGGGGAGACCCCCCUUCACCUGGCAGCACGGUUCUCUCGGCCAACGGCUGCCCGGCGCCUCCUUGAAGCUGGAGCCAACCCCAACCAGCCUGACAGAGCAGGACGCACCCCUCUUCACACUGCUGUGGCUGCUGAUGCUCGGGAGGUCUGCCAGCUCCUACUUCGAAGCAGACAAACUGCAGUGGAUGCACGGACAGAAGACGGGACCACAGCCCUGAUGUUAGCUGCCAGGCUGGCAGUGGAGGACCUGGUUGAAGAACUGAUUGCAGCCCAAGCCGAUGUGGGAGCCCGAGAUAAAUGGGGAAAAACCGCGCUGCACUGGGCCGCCGCCGUGAACAAUGCCCGGGCCGCCCACUCCCUCCUCCAAGCCGGAGCGGAUAAAGACGCCCAGGACAACAGGGAGCAGACGCCGCUAUUCCUGGCAGCCCGAGAAGGGGCGGUGGAGGUAGCCCAGCUGCUGCUGGGGCGAGGGGCGGCCCGAGGGCUCCGGGACCAGACCGGUUUGGCGCCCGGGGACAUCGCCCGCCAGCGCAACCACUGGGAUCUGCUGACGCUGCUGGAAGGGGCGGGGCCGUCGGAGGCACGUCACAAAGCCACGCCGGGCCGGGGCGCCAGCCUGUGCCCGCGCGCUCGUUCUGCGUCGGGAAGCGUGCCCCCAUCAGGGGGCGGGGCUUUGCCGCGCGGCCGGACACUGUCAAGCGGAGCCGGCCCGCGUGGGGGCGGAGCUUGUCUGCGAGCGCCGACUUUGUCUGUAGACUUGGCCGCGCGCGGGGGCGGGGCCUAUUCUCAGUGCCUGAGCCUAUCGAAGGGAAGGACAGGAGGAGGCGGCCCGCCCCCCCGCGGCCCUAGAUUCUCAGCGGGCAUGCGCGGGCCGCGGCCCGGCCCUGGCAAAGUGCGAGGAAAAUCCGGGGUCGCGCCGGGGAGUGGGGGUGCGGCCUCAGCUGAUGACUGGCCCGGUGAUUGGGCGGCCCUGGGUGCCUGCGGUCCCGCCUCCAGCAUUCCGAUCCCGCUUCCUUGCCUGACUCCGUCCCCGGAGCAGGGAUCUCCUCAAGUUGCCUGGGGUUCACCAGCCCACCAAGUAAUACCCUUCAGUGCGGGAAGCGAUGACCAAAAGUAGAAGGCGCCACAGCAGGGAGGGGCUCUAAAGUGAAUGCCCGUUAAGUGACAGGCAGUGUGGGAAAUCGGAGUUUAAGAUCCUCGCGUUCCAAAAGUGAAGGAUGAUGAGUGUAGUGUCCCGCCCAAAAGGAAUGAAUGCCCACCAGAACCGUUGUCGUCUACCCCGGGGAGAAGCUGCAGCCCUGAGAAGAGGGUUCAGAGUGGUGGCAUGAAGCGGGUCCAGCCCUUCUCCCGGAAAAUAAGGAUGAGGAGCCACAAAAGGAUCGAGUGGAGUGGGGGAAGAGAUAAGAUAUACAAAAUUCUUUACAUAGUUCCCAAAAGAGCCUCUAUCGCCCAUCACCCCUACUACCUAAAAAUGGAUAACAUAUUUAUUGAGCACCUACUAUGUGCCAGGUACUGUGUAGGUGCUGAAGGGAGGGCCAAAGUCCACUCCGGCUGAUGACUCCUUGCAUUCUCCCCACGCCCCACCCCCAAACAAACCACUGCAGGGAUGAAGCGCCACAGUUCUUAUAGUCCCCGUUAUCUAUUUAAGAACCCCAAGUCUUUUUUACCCUAUAAUAAAGCUGAUUUGAAAUGUUACUUUUUAAAAGAGAAUUGUUAAGUGGAAUGGGAGAAAAUGUUGGGAGUGCUUUCAGAAUUUUGUGCUCUAAGUUCAACAUUUGGAUAAUGGCUUUGAGUAUAGUUUAAGAGCAAGAGUAAAUAGAUUUGGGGGUCCCAUGUUAAUUUAGGGUAUUAUCUGAAAGAAGAGUCUCUAUUAGCCCAGGAGCAACACACACACACAC